AUGGGGAAGUCCUCAAAGGAUAAGCGCGAUGCUUACUACAGACUCGCAAAGGAGCAAGGAUGGCGUGCACGAAGUGCUUUCAAGCUUCUCCAGCUUGAUGAAGAAUUUGAUCUUUUUGCCGAUGUAACACGAGUUGUAGACCUCUGUGCUGCUCCUGGAAGCUGGAGUCAAGUCCUAUCUCGUAUCCUAAUCAAAGGUGAAAAGUUCGGACGCGCAGCAUGGGAAGACAAGCAAGAGAAAAUACGCCAACUCCUUCUCGAAGGUACCGGAGCCGAGCCAACAAUAGCUGAAAUACAACAGAAAGAGGCAGAAGAUAGGAUGGAGAAGAAAGUGGCCCCAGAACUGAAUUCUCGGAAGGACGUCAAGAUUGUCGCCAUAGAUCUUCAGCCCAUGAGUCCACUCGAAGGCAUCAUAACUCUCCGUGCUGACAUCACACACCCUGCAACGGUACCUCUGCUCCUCCGCGCGCUUGAUCCCUCCUAUGAUCCUUCGACCAAAUCACAGCAUGCCUCACAUCCUGUCGACUUGGUCAUCUCAGAUGGUGCCCCGGAUGUUACUGGACUACACGAUCUUGAUAUCUACGUUCAAUCUCAGCUGCUCUUUGCUGCUCUAAACUUAGCAAUGUGCGUGCUACGGCCGGGUGGAAAAUUUGUGGCAAAAAUAUUCAGAGGACGCAACGUGGACUUGCUGUUCGCCCAGCUGAAGCUUUUUUUCGAAGAAGUCAUUGUUUCCAAGCCAAGGUCGAGUCGGGCGAGUAGUGUUGAAGCAUUCAUCGUGUGCUUGAACUUCAGCCCUCCUGAGGGUUUCAAAGCCAGUCUAAAGGAGCCUAUGGGGGUUGGGAAUAGACUGGCAAAGAUGGUUGCCGCUGAAAAUGAGCUCGAGCCUAUCCUAGCCUCGACCCUUCUCCAGGAUCCUGCAAAGGGGACAUGGUCUGCCAGCAAAGCCGUAUAUUCGAUCCCCAACAAGGACGGAAUUGUUGAGAUAUCUCUCCCGGAUUCUGAGUCGGAAGCCAAGAAGGAUGGUAGAUGGAUUGCUCCAUUCCUCGCUUGUGGAGAUCUCUCGGGUUUCGAUGCCGAUGCAUCUUAUCAUCUGUCGAAAGAUCACGUAUCUCUUGACCCAAUACAGCCUCCCACGGCGCCCCCCUAUAAACGUGCUCUCGAAAUGAGAAAGACUAUCGGGGGAGCUUACGGAAAGACCACAACCAUUUCCACCCCCAUACCCCCUAAUGCCGCCUCCAUCAUCCUCAUCCUCAUCCCCCUCCUCCUUAUCCGCGUCCAUCCCAUCCCAGCCCGCCUCCUCGUUUUCACUCUCGCUGACCAUCUCUACAAGUUCUACAAACUCCUUGUCCUCCGCCUCCGUCUCCACAUUCAAAUCUUAUUCAUUAUCGUAUCCGGGCCCAGGGAUCCAGCCAUCCUCCCCAUCCAGCUCAAAAGCCUUCAACUGAUCCUCUGGAUAUCCACCGGCCGAAAAGAUACUGACGUGUUUGCAACCAAAAUCGAGUAG